ACUCAGUGGAAAGCUGUGAAGUUGAAAGGGAUGCAGCCUUUGAAGCUACAGAAGGAGAACUUGAUUGUUACGACCUUGAAGCACCCCACAUUUCUUUCAGUAGUUUAGAACCGACUUUUAAGCAAUCUUCACAUAGUUUGAAGCCAAAAUUGGAUCAGACGAAGAAUGCAAUCAAAGAGAGCCGUUGAUUCUAGUCUUUCGAGCUGGUAGGUUUCGCCUGAUAUCACUCCUGCAAAGAAGAAUAGCAAUAGUGAUCUUGAGACCACUACGCCUAAAAAGAACAUACCACUAGGGUCGACUUCACCGAGGAGCUAUGAUGAUCGACCAAUUCUAGGUGUAUUGACAGUCGGGGAGCUGAAACAGAUGUCAGCAUCUUCCUACCCGAGGAAGUCUCUUAGUCGAAACCCUGAUGAGAUGCUUAUUAUAGGUACAGUCGGGACCUAUUGGAAUGAUUCAGGUUCGGCGAAGCAUUCUGACUCAGUCUCUUCUUACAAAGGCAUACCGAAUACAACUAGCAAGUAUAGAGAGGACAAGAGAGUGAAUUGGUAUUCAACUCGAGUCGAGGCGAGAUUGGAGAAGCCUAAUAUACCCCAAUUGUACAGAGGAAAGAUGAAUUGAGAUUUUUCUUUUUAUUCUUUUUCAGUGCCCGUCACUUGGAUUCUUUUAACCUGUUGUAAUUUGUGA